CCCCACGUUAGGUGACUGCGUAAUGAAGACCGGUUCUUUGGAACCCGUCGAAAUGAGGCCUGACGAUUUAUUGUCCGAGAAAGAAUAGGAGUAUUACCAAGGUACUGUGAUGUCUAUGGGCACUAUUUGAUUGUCUGAGGACGUCCACGUUUCGAAGACCACAUUCUCCGCUUUACUUCUAUGUCUUAGACAUUGAUCGGGUCUGUUCAGAAUUCAUGAGCUCUGAGUACCAUACAGGAAGCGAGGAUGACAAAAGCUAUGCGGGUCUUCCUCUUUGGAGACCUAAAUGUCUCCUUCGAGGAGAGCCUCAGAGAGUUGCUCUACACCAAGGACAUGCCAGUCUUGAAAUCUUUCCUUGAAAAGGUGGCUUUUGCGCUUCGUGAGGAGAUUUCCCGCAUGUCCUCUUCCUGGCAGGCGUUAAUGCCACGUUUUACUACCUUAAUCGAUCUGCUCCCUCAGAUCAAUGGCAAGAUAGGAAGUCCGGCGCUUAGAUUUGCUUUGCUCUGUGUGGCGGAGCUAGGACUGUUCAUUCGCUUCCAUGAGCGAAGGUCUAUUCCAUAUCCUACCGGGGACAACUCGUGUCUCUUGGGUAUCUGCACUGGAUCUUUUGCUGCAGCUGCAGUCGCCGUAUCCCGUGGCCUUACGGACCUCGUUCCCGCUGGCGUCGAGGCGACUCUUGUAGCCCUACGUACAGCCACACUCUCGCUGCAAUGUCGCUUUGACAUGUGCAACAUGACAGAGACAGGCUCAUCCUGCUGGUCCGCUAUUGUCAACCUCACGGAAGAGGACGCUACUAAGCUUGUUGAUGCUUUCUGUGAAGCUCAUCCGCGAGUCAGUAGGCCCUAUCUCAGUGCGGUGUCCCCAACAAAUGUGACCAUCAGUGCGAAUCCUCAAGUUCUCGACGACUUCUUGGCCUUCGCCAAAGUGCAAUUUCGAAAGCUCUCCAUCGAGUCUCCAUACCAUGCGCCACAGCUAUUUCCGGAAGUUGUUUGCCUUUCUACGGUCAAAAAAUAUCACGAUUCUCAGCUCGAAGCACGCCAGUUGCAUGUUCCGCUCCUGCUUCCUUCUGGAGCAGAAUGCGAGUCUCGAAGCUUCGAAGAUGUGUUGAAGGCGAGCACUCUUCACACACUCCAUGAGAAAGUACGAUGGGAUCGUGUUAUCGAAACUGUGUGCACUUUACUGCAGCAGCGUAAGGCUAGUGCGUGCGAAAUCAUUCCUGUGCUGUCCAAUGCGCCGCAGCUAUUGUUCACGCACAUUCCUCGGAAGUGUGACAUCCAAACUGUCGUCAGCGACCUAGAGCGAUGCGACCAAGGAUCGGCUUGGAGCAAUCCAACCGGCAAGUUUGAGCAGUCCAAGAUCGCGAUCAUCGGCUUUUCGGGUCGGUAUCCUGACUCUUCCAGCAACGACGAGUUCUGGGAGCUGCUACGUGCUGGACGCGAUGUGCACAAGAGAAUCCCCGAGGAUAGGUUCGACUGGGAGGCACACUUCGAUCCCACGGGAAAGAAGAGAAAUACCAGCAGGGUCCAGUACGGGUGCUUCAUCAAAGAGCCUGGCGUUUUCGACACUCGAUUUUUCAACAUGUCUCCACGCGAGGCUGCUAGUACCGAUCCUGCGCAGCGCCUGUUGAUCACGUCUACGUAUGAAGCGCUUGAGAUGGCGGGCUUCGUGCCGAAUCGUACGCCGUCAAGCCAGGUGGACCGCGUUGGGGUUUUCAUGGGCACAACAAGCGACGACUGGCGCGAGGUCAACAGCGGACAAGAUGUCGACACGUACUUCAUCCCGGGGGGGAACCGCGCCUUCAUCCCCGGCAGAAUCAGUUAUUUCUUCAAGUUCUCCGGGCCGAGCCUCAGCAUCGAUACGGCGUGCUCUUCCAGCUUCUCCGCCAUCCACGCAGCCUGCGCGUACUUGUGGAAGGGCGACUGUGACACGGCGAUCGCGGGCGGCACCAACGUCCUGACCAAUCCGGACAACUUCGCCGGGCUUGACCGAGGCCACUUUCUGUCUACAACGGGAAACUGUAAACCGUUCGACGACGCUGCGGAUGGCUACUGCCGUGCAGACGCGGUUGGCUGCGUCAUCCUCAAGCGAUACGAGGACGCCGUCGCCGACAACGACCCCGUCUACGGCCUGAUCGCAGGAGCGCACACAAAUCAUUGCGGCCAGGCCGAAUCCAUCACGCGUCCUCACGAGGGCGAUCAGGCGUCCGUGUUUAAUCGCGUCUUGAGAUACACCAACCAAGAUCCUCGGGACGUCAGCUACGUUGAGAUGCACGGAACAGGCACGCAAGCUGGGGAUGCCACCGAGAUGAACUCCGUCCUGUCAUGCUUUGUCAGAGGCAAGCAACGGACAGCAGAGUAUCCGUUGUACAUUGGCUCUGCGAAGGCCAACAUUGGGCACGCAGAAUCUGCAUCUGGCGUCUCCUCGCUGAUCAAGGUGUUGCUAAUGAUGAAGCACAACGAAAUCCCGCCGCACUGCGGAAUCAAGGGGAAGAUCAACCACAAUUACCCAGAUCUCAAGGCGCUGAAUGUCCACAUUGCUUUCAAACCAACACCGUGGACACGCGAGGGCUGCGUCGGUGGCAAACGUAUUGCAUUUUUGAACAAUUUCAGCGCCGCAGGCGGCAAUACGGCUCUUUUGCUCGAAGACGGUCCCGUUCGCGCAACCCCAGCAAAAGACAUUUCAAGGUCAAUUUACCCUGUGGCAGUUUCUGCGAAGAGUGCGAAAUCUCUCGAGCGUAAUGUGAAAGCAAUGAUUGCAUUUCUUGAGGCGAAUCCUGACACUGCUCUCCCUAGCCUCUCAUAUACCACCACAGCGCGACGCAUUCAUCACAACUUCAGAACCAUGGUUUCUGGAACAGACUUAAAGUCAAUAAAGCUCGAGCUUGACAAGAUCCUGUCAAGUCUUCCAGAGAAGCCCAUUCCCAAUGCUGCUUUGCUGCCGAAGAUUGCAUUUGCUUUUACUGGUCAGGGUUCCUUGUACGUGGGAGUCACGAAGGAGCUUUUCGAUGCCGACGAAGUGUUCAGGAGCGAAGUGCUGCGCUUGGAUAUCAUUGCUCAACAGCAUGGACUACCAAGCUUCAUUCCACUCCUCGAUGGAAGUGCAUCUGCGAGGCAACUUGAACAACCUACUAUGGCGCAUGUUGGUCACACGGCGCUGCAGAUUGCCCUAACGAACAUGUGGUCUCGGUUUGGAAUUUCACCUGCUCUGGUCAUCGGCCAUAGCCUUGGCGAAUACGCCGCACUUUAUGCUGCAGGAGUGCUGACGGCCUCUGAUGCGAUUUAUCUUGUUGGGUCCCGCGCGCGUCUGCUUGAACAAUCCUGUACUCCUCGCUCGCAUGCCAUGAUUUCAGUCAAGGCUUCCAUGGCUGCAGUUGAGCCAAUAGUCCAAAGUGGGUCAUCCUGCGAGAUUGCAUGUGUAAAUCAGCCUGAUGCCACCGUUUUGAGCGGUCCGCGGGAAGAAAUAGAUUGCAUUAUGAAAGAGCUCGAAACACUGGGGCAUAAAUGCAUCAAACUUGAAAUUCCAUAUGCCUUCCAUUCGGCACAGGUUGACCCGAUUCUGGAGCCUCUGGGACUUUGUGAAAGAGCUGUACAAUUUUCAAAUCCGAAAAUUCCUUUCCUGUCACCAAUGAUGGCAGCUGUAAUCACAGAGGUGGAACCUUUCAAGGAUGCAUAUCUGACUAAAGCAUGUCGUAAACCAGUCAAUUUCCAUGCUGCUCUUCAAGCUGCGCAGGAAUUAGGAAUAGUGGGUGACAAGACUUUAUGGCUUGAAAUCGGACCUCAUCCUUUGUGCGCGGGAAUGAUCAAAGCGACUCUUGGCUCUGACUCAGUCACAAUGCCAACUCUGACAAAACGCCAGACCUCUUUGGCCUCUGUGGUUGUUGCUUUACAAGAUCUCUACAUACGAGGAAUUGCUGUUGACUGGAACGAGUAUUAUCGACAAGACGCUACUUCGCUUCAAGUUAUUGAGCUUCCACAGUACAAGUGGGAUCUUAAGAACUACUGGAUUCAAUAUAAAAACAACUUCUGUCUAACUAAGGGCGACAGCAUUGAGACAAAGGAUCUUUCACGCUGUACCGUACCGACCGUCGAAAAAACGAUUAUCACGCCUGCUGUUCAACACAUUAUUGAAAUCAGUAAGGAAAAGGCCUCCAUUGUUACUGAGACCGACAUCAGCCAUUCUGCACUUUCCAACGUGAUUCAAGGCCACAAGGUCAAUGGAAUUGCAUUGUGUCCGUCAUCUCUCUACGCAGACAUGGCCAUGACUGUUUGUGAACAGUUGUGCAACGCCUGCGAGAUACGCAUCGAGGAAAGCAGCUUCGAGGUCGGUAGUAUGAACGUCAAAAAGCCUCUUAUCGCAGAUGGAUCAACUCAAUUAUUGCGCGUAUCCGCAACAGCUGAUUUCGAUUCACGGGAAAUUGAUUUGUCUUUUUACAGUGUUUCCGCGAGUGGUACUAAAUUAGCUGACCACGCAACUUGUAAAGCUCGUAUCAGGAGCAAGGGCUCUCGCGAUGACUGGCAAAGGAUGUCUUUCCUGAUCAAACACAGACUGGAAGCUCUUGAAGCCAGUGUUGAUCAUGGCACCGCGAAUAAGAUGAAACGGGGUAUUGUUUACAAGCUCUUCAGCGCUUUAGUCGACUACAGUCAAGGUUAUCGCGGCAUGGAGGAGGUAACUCUUGACAGCAGUGCACUUGAAGCUACGGCCAAGGUUCGCUUCCAAUGUGGCCCCGAAGGCUACGUUCUCAACCCUCAGUGGAUAGAUUGUCUGGGCCAUAUCGCCGGUUUCAUCAUGAACGGAAAUGACUCUGUUGCUUCCAGAGACACAGUCUUCGUGAAUCAUGGUUGGGAAAAUAUGCAGAUCGCAACUAAGUUCUCCGAGGAUAAGACAUAUCGGACAUAUAACAAGAUGCAGCUGACCACCAACAAUAUCUAUGUUGGGGACACAUACAUCCUUGAGGGUGACGAAAUAGUUGCCAUUUAUUCUGGCAUAAAGUUUCAAGGUGUGCCUCGUCGUGUACUCGACCAGUUGCUUCCGUCUGGGCAGCGGCGAGCAAUUCCAGUCACCACAACACCUGCUCCCAAACUUCAAGAAGCCAAAAUUUCAAAUGCUCUUUCUAAGGGGAAGAGUAUUUCAUCACCGAAGCACAAGGUGUCAUCUAUUAAAGACACGAUUCUCAAUCUAAUUGCCGAGGCUGUUGGCCUUGAUGUCAACGAACUGAAACCCGACACGACCUUUGACGAGUGCGGAGUUGAUUCUUUACUCUCACUCAAUAUUUCUAAAGCGAUGCAUGAUCAGCUUGGGCUGGAUAUCAACUCCAGUACAUUUGCAGAAUGUCCAACAAUCAGCUCUUUCUUGAGCCGGGUUAAAGAAAACGAAGCUUCUCCAGGGACUCUAACACCUCAAUCAUCCAAUUCCAGUACUACCGAUCUCGAUAGUCUUCUGGAUGACAAUAUAAGUCUCGCGUCAUCUAUUACUAGCGAUGAAGACGAGAAAGAGGAGCCACUUGAAAAGAGCACCAACAAGACUAUCGAGCUCAUCAGAUCAGUUAUUGCUGCCGAAGUUGGACUUGAACCAUCUGAAAUUGGUGAUUCGACAAAUUUCUCAGACCUCGGCAUUGACUCUUUGCUCAGCCUUAACAUUAUGAGUCGUCUAGAGGAGAUUAUCGAGAGCGAGAUUCCAAGGAUGCUACUCGCGGAAAAUGAGACACUCGAGAAGGUAGCUCGCGCACUUGGUCUGCAGACAACCGUAUCGAAUGUGACUCUGGAAAAACAAAAGCAGAAGCUAAGCAACAAUACUUCCGAAACAAAGUUUGCAGUAAGGAGUCCACCGCAUGCUUCUAGCCACCUCCUGCAAGGUAACGCGAAGACUGCGACGAAAAAGCUUUUUCUUUUUCCAGAUGGUUCUGGCUCUGCCUUUUCCUACGCAAGCCUCUCAAGGAUAUCCCCCUCUGUGGCGGUCUAUGGCCUUGCAUGUCCAUGGCAGAAAGAUCCAUGGUCCAUGGCCGGCGUGUCUUUCUCUCAGCUCAGCGCCAAAUUUAUCGCAGCUAUCAAAAAGAUCCAACCAUGUGGACCAUAUCACCUCGGUGGCUGGUCUGCCGGUGGAAUCAGUGCGUACGAUGCUGCGCAACAGCUUGCUGCCGAUGGCGAUGUUGUAGAGAGCCUUGUACUGAUUGACUCUCCCAAUCCCAUUGGACUCGAGAACCCUCCACAGCGGAUGUAUGACUUCUUUGACGAACUUGACUUUUUCGGCAUGGAAGGCAAAGCACCACCAACAUGGCUCCGCGCUCACUUUGAUGCCUUCCUUACAACGCUUGAUGAGUACAAGAUUGCUCCAUGGAAACAAGGAAACAGCCCAGCUACGUACAUUGUAUACGCAAAAAAUGGCGUGUGCGACAUGCUGAAGCCUGAGGAUCCGCGCCCCGAGAUCAGGGAUGACGACCCUAGGGAAAUGAAGUGGCUACUGAACACGCGGACUGACUUUUCUGCGACAGGCUGGAAGAGCCUUGUUGGAGAUUGCAAUGUCAGUGUUGGGGUUAUUGAAGGAGUCAACCAUUUCAGCAUGAUGAAUAAGGGGCCCAAGUCGGAUGAGCUUGCAGACUUCAUCAAGAGUGCAUUGAAGAUGUAGACCAUAAACCACAUUUGCAACCAUUGAUUAGACUGCAUUUCGUCUGGACUCUAGAAUGUUUGACAACAACUGAGAUCAUCAUAUGUAUAUAGGCGUUCAGGCGCUUGAAUAUCAGGCAUGGCGGUGUUUUUCAUCUUGU